AUUGUAGUUGCUUUAAGCUCUCGUCUCUUCCACAGGUCCCGCCGGCGAGGGAUAUCGCUGUUCUUGAUUUUCAAAGCCCUUUUCUACGAUGAUCAACGACCAGGCGCAUCCGUCUGGUCUUGUCAUAGCUCACACCGAAGCUAUUCGCUCAUUUCUGACCUCGGCGUCCAUAGACUCACGAAUUUCUGAGGAACUCCGGCAGCUUGCUUCAAAUCUCGCUUCACAAGACAAUGUUCCGUAUAAGCCGCUGAGAGCUAUCUGGUUUGCUACGGAAUCGUCCACCCGGCCGGAUUUGCUCCGUCUUUUGAAUGGAUCGGAGUUCGUCUUUACAAGCCCUAAACCAAGGGAGAAGAGUGAGGAGUUAAAGGCUAGACUGAAGAAGCUUGCGGAUGUAGCAGAGAGGAAGGCCUAUCAGGAACUAGUGAAGGAUAUCGCACCUAAGAAACCAAUUGAUGAGCCUUUCUCUUCCUACAAGGAUCAGCUGGGGUUCGGUUUACACGUCGUGUUGAUAAUGUUUACGGGCUAUCUUGUUGGAUAUGCUUUAUUCCGAGCAUUGUUUAGGCACGAUCCGAUCAUGAGUGCUGCUGGAGGUAUCCUUGGAUUGGUUUUCGGCAUGCUCGUAGAAACACUUCUUUUCAUUAUUCGAGCAUCCAGUUACGAUAAUCGAUCUUCAUCAUCUUCCCGUUCUAAGCUGAAGAAGAAUCAGUAGAGUUACUUCUCUUGAGGUUUGCUUUCUUUCUACUUAAAUUGAACCUAUUAGGUUAGCUUUUACCCUAUGUUGUGGAUCAAAGUAAUAAGGGCCUUGCUAAUGUGCUUGCUGUAAUUUGUUUGUAUAAAGUCGUGUUCUUCUGGUGAAGAACAUCAAAAGAAUUGAGAUCCGAUUGU